UCAAUCCUGAUUGACAAACAUCGCUCCCUUCGCCCACUUUCUCCUUUUUCUCGAUGCGUGCGGGCGCCGCCCUCCUUUUGACCCCAGGCGGCUACCAUAGAGAGGCAGCGUGCGUGCCUGUUAGCGUCGCCGCCCUCUCGCUGCUGCCGCCCCACCUGCCCUCAGCCUCAGCAGAAGCUCCUCCCCCUCCCCCCCUCCCGCGCCUGGCUGGAUCUGGGCAGUGAGUCAGCCGCCGCCGCCGCGUCAGUCUGCGAAGGCGUGAGGACGGAGGGAGGGAGAGAGCGAGAGCGAGCGACGCUACACCUCUGAGGCGCCAUGGCGGCCGAGCUGAGCGACCUGGUGGAGCCUCCUCCGCUUGUGGAGCCGCCGCCUCCUCCUCCUCCCUCUGGCGAUGGGGCUGAAGAGGCGGCCGAGGCCGAGAACGAAGCCACCUCCUCCGCCCCCGUCGUCGGGAUGGAGGCCGGGCCGUCGCCGCUGCCGCCCCUGAACGGGGAAGGGGCGGAGAGCAUGUCGGAGCCCAGCCCGCAGAGCGCCAGCCAGGCCGGCGACGGGGACGAUGAGGAUGAGGGAGACGACGAGGAAGAAGAGGAGGAGGACGACGAGGAGGAGGAAGAAGACGACGACGAGGAGGCCGAGGCCGGCAGCAGCGCCAGCUCCUCUUCCUCCUCCUCGUCGUCCAGCGGCUGCUGCUCGCUCAGUCCUGGCGGCAGCGAAGCCGACGCCAAGGAGGAAGCCAAGGGCGGCCCUGACGGUGGGAGCCGCGGCGGCGGGGCCAGCGGCGGCGUUGGGGCUGGGCCUGGCAGCGGAGGCGGCAUUGGAGGAACGGGAGGAGCAGCAGGAGGAGCCGCCGGCGGCCCGAGCGGUGGGGGAAGCAGCAGCAGCAGCGGCAACGUGGGCAGUAGCAGCGGCGGGGCUGGAGGCGACGAAGGCUACAGCACCGGGAGCGGCGGCGGAGGUGGUGGAGGAGGAGGGAGCGGCGGUGGCGGCAGCAGCACUUGCAGUGCCUCGUCGGGCGGCCGCAGGGGCAGCCUCGAAAUCUCCUCCGACGGGGAGCCUCUCAGCCGCAUGGACUCCGAAGACAGCAUCAGCAGUAUCAUAAUGGAUGUAGACAGCACAAUUUCCAGUGGGCGUUCAACACCAGUUAUGAUGAAUGGACAAGGAGUUACUGCUUCAUCAGCAAAAAGUAUUGCUUAUAACUGCUGUUGGGACCAGUGUCAUUCAUGCUUCAACUCCAGUCCAGAUCUGGCAGAUCACAUUCGCUCCAUACAUGUUGAUGGCCAGCGAGGAGGGGUAUUUGUCUGCUUAUGGAAAGGCUGCAAAGUCUAUAACACACCAUCAACAAGUCAAAGUUGGUUGCAGCGGCAUAUGCUGACGCACAGCGGUGACAAACCUUUUAAGUGUGUCGUUGGAGGGUGCAAUGCAAGUUUUGCAUCUCAGAGUGGGCUGGCUCGUCAUGUGCCAACACACUUCAGUCAGCAGAACUCUUCAAAGGUUACCAGUCAGCCAAAAGCUAAAGAAGAAUCUCCUUCUAAAGCUGGAAUGAACAAAAGAAGAAAGUUAAAGAACAAACGGAGGCGCUCUUUACCAAGACCACAUGACUUCUUUGAUGCACAAACUCUGGAUGCUAUACGACAUCGAGCCAUCUGCUUCAACCUUUCUGCUCACAUAGAAAGUUUAGGAAAAGGUCACAGUGUUGUAUUCCACAGUACUGUAAUAGCAAAGAGAAAAGAGGAUUCUGGAAAGAUAAAGCUGCUACUUCACUGGACACCAGAGGACAUUCUUCCUGAUGUGUGGGUAAAUGAAAGUGAGCGACAUCAAUUAAAAACGAAAGUAGUUCAUUUAUCAAAACUUCCAAAAGAUGCUGCCUUGCUUCUGGACCCAAACAUAUACAGAAAGUCUAGUAAAGAAGGUACAUUCAGUGGAAUCCUGAAAGAUCACUUCUGUUAAGAUCAUACUGAACAAUGCCACAGAAGAGAUUGAAGAGGUAAAAGUGAGCUCAGUGGGGGCACCUCAUCUAUCAUCUUUAUUCACUGACCAUGGAAUUAGAAUUGAAAUUGCACAUUAGUCAAGCCCCUCGACUUCAUGCUUCCCCCCCCCCCCCGGCCACACCCUGCACCCAACUGCUACCAACUAUAGAUGAUAUUUAUGCUUGGCAUAACCAUUCUGUGAAUGAAUUUGAUGCAUCUGUGGAGUAUAUUUUAUAUAAUAUAUCUGUAUACCUUCACGGAAUGGUACAGUGGGAGAUGAGGCAAGCACUCUUCUGACAAUAUAGUGGGCGCUCUCAAAAGCUUUGCAUGCUUGCUGCUUUUCUUCUAGCAAUUUUUUGUUUUCUCGUAGUUGUACUGGAUGAACUGGCAGUUGCUAAAUUGCCAUGUGCACCCACCCCCUGCAGUUUUUUCCUCUUGUAAACAAGCUUCUUGGGAUCUUGCUAUUUGGUAAAUGAAAUUAACACACACCAGAGAGAACUCUUUUUUCAGAGUAUGGUGCAGAGUAAUCCAUUGUCACUUUUGUGAACUUGUGGUGUUCUAUCACAUAACCCUAAGUGGUGGUAUCAUGUUUAAGCAAAAUGGUGGUGACAUAUCUUCAUUUCUAGUGGAAUAUAUAUUCAAGAGAGGCUGAUAGAUGUUAAGUGUUGCUGUAUAUCUGAUCCUCUCCAUAAGACUAUUACUGUAUGUUAAUAAGACUUACUUUAAUAAGCUCUACUGAAAAAAGGUGGCAAACAUUGUUUUGUUUACUACAUGGCCUUUAAAACUCCUCUUUGCUUCUAAAGAAUCUCCCUUCUCCUUUCCCCUCCUUUUGGCCUAAAUUUUUCUAGUUGUAAAAAAAUUGUAUUUUUUAAAAAGACGCAUCUAAAAAUACAAUCGUUUAUGCACCAAAGUUGGCUAUGAAAAGAAAAAUUAAAUUGCUUCCUCGCUUUACUAAGCAAGAAAUUAUGGACUUUAACCUACAGGAAUAGAAAAAAAAAAGUGUGUACUUUGUUCGUCUUAUAUGGAGACAAAAAAAGUUGCAUAUAGAUAAUGGAACAUUGCUUGUAAAGUAAUUUUGCAGAUUUGUAAUAUAUUUUUAUAUUAUGAAAUGUAUUGUAGAUGUUUUUUCUAGAGGCAUGAAAGUUGAGAUGUAUAUAUUAUGGUAGAAAUAAUAUUGAAGGAUAUUGUAAUUCACUAGUGCUGCCAGAAGAAUUUGUUUAAAAGCAAGCACCUUUCUUAACAAUAAAAAAUGUCUUUUGGAUUUCUAAGAGACUAUAUACUACUGUUGUAAAAACAAAAACACAUUAAACAUCCUUCCAGAAAUCUUUGAAGGAUAUGCAGUAUCCAUAGGAAGUGUAUGGCGCUCAUUGCUGAUAAUGGAUAUGAAAUCAGCCUUUUCCUUGCUUGUUGGAAGGAACAAAUGUAAAAAAUAUAUGGUGGCUAUAUGCAGUCAAACUGCAUGAUUAACCCUCCAUGUUUAGGAGGAUUUUUGCAUUACUACAGUGAAUAUAAAUACCAGCUGUUUUACACUAAUUUUUUUUAUUAAAUAGCAAAAAAAAAAAAGUCUCUAAACUCUGGUUGGAGAAGUUAGCUUUUCCAAUAUCGUAAAAGGGGUCUACCUUAAUGAAGGUGAAAUGCUUGCUUGGCUCCCAAUGAGUUUAGAAUGGUCUAUAUACAUUUAAAUUCCUUAUUGAUGUGCCCAUUAUAAGCACUGCUAACUUGGAAUGGUUCUGGAAUAGUUGUUCAAUAAUGGUAUUUCAUAAAAGAUCUGUAGCAAUGUUACUAUUUAAAUCAAAUGCAGUUCAUUAUUAUUUUUUUACAUUUUCCUUGAGCACUUCAGUUACUGCUUAAUCUUAUAUGGUCAUCUGCAAUUGCUUUGGUUCUUUUUUUUUAAAAAAGUUAUAAAAUUGCCAAAUAGGUGUUUUCAGAUAUAGUUUGUAUUUUUAAUUUUAUUACUUCUUGAAUUUAUUGUAUGCCAUUCUUAAUUGACAGAUGAUUGUAGACCCUGUCUGAGUAUUU